AACAUGAACUUGAUGUGAGUUGUUUUCUCUAUAAUUUAUUUCUAUCUUCAUCUUUUUUUAUCUUCCUCAUCAACAGAAUUACAACCUAUCUCUUUUUUUACUAUUCGUUUAAAUCCUCAGUUGAAAAAUUCUCUACUUGUGUUCUGUUCUAAGUUUAUUGUAAAUUCUAUUCUAUUCUUUUUUUUCUGAUUUAUUCUAUUCUCAUGUGAUUGAUUUUGUUCCUUUUUGGAACAAUAUGAUAGCUUAUCCUUUUCUCUAUCUCUUAUUACUUGCUGAUAACAAGUUAGAAAAUGGAUUAUUGAAUAAUAGUAUUACAAAUAGUUCCAAUGAUGAACUGGGUGAUAGACAAUUUAUUCCAAAAGGAGUAAUUGAAGAUGGAAUCUAUUGGUCAAGUGAACUUGAAUCUCGUGUUCCAAAAGGUUUCACUAGUGAUGAUGAUCGUAAUUGGCUUUCGCUGGUUAAUUCAAAAUCAGCCGUCAAAUUAUCUGAAGGCUGUGGCAGUCAAUCUAAUAGAUUAGUUAUGUUUGAAGAUGGUAUCUUAUCCUGUGUCCGACAUCGUCAAAAUAAUGACCAAAUUCAAGGAGAUAUUUUCAGUUUCCACUUGGCUCGGCUUUUGGGAAUUAAGAACUUACCACCAGCAGCGUUGUCAAACCUUCGUAAAUCAUCAUCAUCAUCGUCAUCGUUGUCAACCAACGGUGGACAAAGAGUUGGUUUAAAUCCAGUUUGGAAUCAAGUGAAAUCUUCACUCAAUUCAGCUAAAUGGUCAACCGAUAAGCCUGUUGUUGUUACCCGGUGGAUACCUGAUCUUAUUCCGGCCCAUAUACCGAUGAGUUUACGUCGAUCAUCUGAACCAACUUUACAUCCAACUAACAACGAUUUACUUGGUGAUAAUUUGACGAAAGGUUUUAAUGAGAGUUCAGUGAAUUUAACAUAUUUAACUGAUUUAGUCCAAUGGUCGGAUUUGGUUAUUUUCGACUAUUUAACUGGUAAUCUUGAUCGAGUGGUGAACAAUAUGGUUAAUCGUCAAUGGAAUCCUGAAAUGAUGGAUUCUCCAGCUCAUAAUCUGGUCAAAGUUAAAUCAACUGGUUUAUUAUUAUUUCUCGAUAAUGAAUCAGGUCUUCUUCAUGGUUAUCGGCUUCUUAAAAAAUAUGAACCUUAUCAUCGAAAAAUUUUAAAUGGAACUUGUGUUUUUCGUCGAUCAACAGUCGAUGCUCUGGAGAAACUUCAUCGUGACGGUAAUAUUGUUCAACUUCUUCGUAAUAGUCUACAUGAAACAGGAUACACUCCAAAAAGUUACAAUUUACCGUUUCUUCCGGAUCGAAAUGGAAAAGUACUCAAAUCGAGAUUAGCAAUUGUCAUUGAACAGAUCAACAAGUGUCGAUCUCUUUUUGGAUCAUGUGAAAAUCCUCCAUGUGCCUUACGAAAUGAUCUUUAAUUGUUGUGAAAAUCGACACCAAUAGUUAACCAUCACUCUACAAAUGACAACAACAACGACAAUUUAUUGUAUUAGUAAUUGUCACUCUGAUUAAGAUUUACUGAAGGAUCUUUAAGUCUCAAUGAUCAGAGAGUGUUAAUCAUUCAUAAAAAAAAAUCAAUCAACGAAUUAAUUUAAACAUGACAAUCAAAAUGAAUUGAAACAAAUUCAUCAUCAUCAUCAUCAUGAUUAUCAUCAAUAAUGAUGAUUAUAAUUAACUGGACUAUUAAUCUGAUGGACAACAACAAUUAUCAAAACUGAUAAGUCCAAGAUUGUGAUUUUAAUUUUGAUAAUUAUCUUAAUUAUCAAAAUACCAGAGCUUAAAUGGCACGAAUUAGUAAAUCUACUUUCAACCUUAAUUAUUGAUCUCUUGAUUAAAUCAGUUAACAACAAUUUAAUCAAACAAAUAAACCAGGUUAGAGAUUAGACUUUGUUUUCAUAAAAUUUAAAUUUAUAAAUAUAUUUUCAUACAUUGUUUUUUUUUAUUAUCAUUUACAAUUUAAUUGAAUCCAUUUAAAAAGCAAUUAACGCAACAACUAAUUGUAUAAUUAACCUGUUCCUUUACCCCCUGAUUAUAUAAAUAAUCACCUAAGCAAUUUGUAAUUAACAAACAAAAAAUGAUUAUUGAAAUAAUAAUAAUAAUUAAAAUGAAUGUUUAAAAACAAAAACACCAAAAACACCAAACCUAAACAAUUAAUUGAUUGUCACUAAAUUGAAACAUUGUUAAUCACUCAAAUUGCUGUCAACUAAUAUUGUUUACAACUGAUAUAUUGAUAUUAACUACAAUUUAUCAAAAUGCAAUUAAAUUAAUUCACUUGAAAUGAAAUAUGAAAAAGUAAAAA